AGGACGCGGAUUGAUAUGAGGGGGGUGUGAUAAGGCUAUGUUUGUAUAGGCGUUGUGCGCAAAAGUUUUAGAAACGUUUUUUCCCCUCUCACUAGGUCAUCUUCAACAUCAAAUGGUUUGAACAAGACUGAAGAGAUGCUUUAUUAAUGUGAACUGUUCCUGUUCCUGUGAGUUUUCAGCGUGGAGAGCGCACUUCAGCCCACAUCAACAUGGAGUAUUACUUUUUCUUGGCAUUACGCUAUGUGAAGCACUCCUUGAAUUCGGACACAUUUGAGUACGCAAUUGAGUACUUCAAGCAAAUCAGAGAACAUUGUGGCAGCAUAGAUCCUUUUUUGCAAAAUUCUCCUCAUUUGCAAAGCCGACCUCCGAAUCCUCUCUUUCCCACUGGCUAAUGACAGCCAAUCCCAGAACGGAGGGGAGGAGUCUACACCGACGUACGGACGUACAUUGAUUGGAUGACAGAACAUUUUGACAGCUACCCACUUUCAACAUCAACUGAAUCGUCUCCUGGCUCAUCGAUUCCACCUUCCCCCUUGGAACAUGAUGUCCAGGUGCCCUCAGAUUUGGAGGUCAUGACCUCCCUCCUAAAAGAAGAACUUGCUCAACUCGAGGAUUAUUACCUAUUUGAAUCAGCGCCCAUGAAAGCAGAUAAAUGGCAGAAAUGUGAUAAAGGCUACCAAGCGAUGUCUGCACCGUCAUAUUACCAGUUACCCUGCUCUUCAUACAAUGUGAACCAGUCCGAAUCGAACCCUAGGCUUGUUACCCUGGCAACAGGUGAGCUUGACCUGAGAGGGUUUUGUGGCAGCUCUGUUGGAAGAUCUAAAACCUCCAGACCUGCUCCUUACAGCUAUGUUCGGACGCACUCCACUAGCCAAAGGAUAGCAUCAAAUGGUUGCAAAGACGUGGAAGUUUUUGAGAAAGAGACAUGGACUUUCAAAGGGACUCAUUCAGGUUAUGCGGAGAUGGCGUUAGACCAGUGUGCUGUUGACAAGAUUUUUGGGAAGAACCAUAUCGGUACGAAAAAGGUUCGAGAAUGUGCCAUAUUGUUAAAGGAAGAGGAAAAGAGAUGUUUCACUGAAGACGUUUUUUACAGAGCAGAGAUGGUGAAAAGUUUGGAUGGUGGUGCACCACUGGAUGUGCACCAUAGGAGAGAAGGUCAAGUUCCUGGAAUGAAGAUUCUUGGUCAUGGUCAUGAAGCUGUUCCUAUGCCCGUGCUGCACUGUAGUGAAAAUGGAAGUAAUCCUGCGUUUAAACACCCAGAAGUAGCUGAGUGUUACUUUAGUCAAAUUACUGCUAAUUUAGAACCAUAUCAUGGCUAUAUGAACGAAGUAGAUCAGCCAGUCCGCUCUGGGGAUGUCGAGUCUAUGAAUAACGGUUACUCAAGCCAUGAAUGCCUUGUAGAUCAAAGCUUUGAAUGUCUGUCCGGAGACAGUGUUGGAUCUUCUUUGGAGUUCCCAGCACAGAAACCAAUGCAAAGGCUAAGAGAAAACCUGUGUGUGUUCAAGCCGGAGGUCAAAGUAAGUUGCCUGGAAAGGAGCCAUGGAGAGCGCAAACAGAAGAAAAGAGACCAGAACAAGACAGCUGCUUACAGGUCUAGUUUGCCAAAUUUGAUGUAUGCAUUGUCCUCACACAGACAACAAUAGCGCUGAUCUGCUCUGAACAUAUUAACACCAGGUAUCGACAGCGGAAGAGGGCGGAGCAGGACUGCUUGGAGGAAGAGCUUCAUGGAUUGGAAGGGAGAAACAGAGAGCUGCGAGACAAAGCCGAAUCUGUAGAGAGAGAGAUCCAGUAUGUCAAAGACCUCCUGAUUGAAGUGUAUAAGGCUCGGAGUCAGCGCCUCAAAGAGGAUUCCAGUGCCUAAAGCCCGUUUUAAGCACCAGCAUUGAAAGAUCAGCUUUUUUUGGCAAGGACUUUUUUUUUUUUUUUUUUUUUUAAAUGACCUCUGGUUGUAUGUUUUUUGACGUUUAAAAUAAACGAUAAGACUCGGAAACAAGCUCUUUGCUGGGGUUGCUGAAUAGAAUUUUAGCGAAUUAUGUAAUGAACACUGUGAUACCAGCUUUAGGCUGACCAGUAUUCUUAGUAUUCUAACGAGAGCUAAAGAUAUUAUGCAUUUUCAUGAUUCGGUUUGACUUGAUUUUUUUUUUCUUUUUUUUU